GUGACUAUGUCUGGUCGCGGCAAAGGCGGUAAAGGUUUGGGUAAGGGAGGUGCCAAGCGUCACCGGAAAGUACUGCGGGAUAAUAUCCAAGGCAUUACCAAGCCGGCUAUUCGGCGCCUUGCUAGACGUGGUGGGGUUAAACGAAUCUCUGGUUUGAUUUACGAGGAGACCCGAGGUGUUCUCAAGGUUUUUCUGGAGAAUGUGAUCCGGGACGCGGUGACCUAUACGGAGCACGCCAAGCGCAAGACUGUCACUGCCAUGGAUGUGGUUUACGCGCUUAAGCGCCAAGGACGCACUCUAUACGGUUUCGGCGGUUAAUAUUUUAGUCAGUUUUUCUUCCAAUGGCCCUUUUCAGGGCCGCCCACUCCCUCUCAGAAAGAGCUGUGAUCGUAUCCUUUCGAAAAAUAUCUCAGUAGCUUUACUCAGCUACUUUGCCUAGUAUGAACAACUACAGGCCGGUUGGGAGAGACCAGGUUCUUAGGUCUGAGCGACUGCUAAAGCAGAAGUCAGUUGAGCAAACGCGGUCUCUGGGAUAAGCGGGCUAUGAACUUUAAUGCUAUGGUUUUGACUCAAAGCAACACUGCAGCGCGAGUCCGAUAAAUGAGUUGUUCAGCUUUUUUUUAAAAACAAAUUGCAUUAUUUGUACGGGAGUCUAAGAUACCAGCCGGCUGCGAGUGAUUAGGUGGAUUAAAAUAGAUGUCAGGUGUUUCCCAGGCGUAUCUGACUUAAGCAACGUCAGCAAGAUCUGUACUUUUAGCCUCCCUGGUAACACCUGCCCUCAACCGCACCCCUUCCCGUAGCGCCAGAAGCCUUUACUUCCAUUUUUAGUUGAGCUUGGCGUCGUGCUGAGUGACGUCACCUACCCUUUCCCCCGAGUAAGACUGGCAGUUAAAGCUGCUUUGCUAUUUUCAGUCCUCAGGCUGGAGGCUAUCCUAGGCAGGCUGCCUACGCAGUUUGUAAAUUCCCACUUAGUAGACUAAGGGAAUCUGUUUUAUAAAUAAGGACUCACAUUUCCUCUGACUCCGAGGUCCGUGGCAGUAGCUAUAAAAUGGAAGCGGCUUCUGAUAAAGGAUUCUUCCAUGACUCUUGCAUAAUAUUCACUGUACCUGUCAACCCAACAGUCUUCUAUUCCUGCCUUAAAUUGUAAAUUCCAAAACUAAUUUUUUUAAUUGUGCAAGUUUCAAACUGUACUACCUAGGAAGUGUUUCAAAGUUAGGUGACCAAAUAUAGAAGUCAGCCAAAUAUUCAGCAUCUUUGAUUUAAUAACAUACAUAGAGGGCUACUUCAGCAAAAAAAAAACUUUGUUGUCUGCUUACUUUGCUAACAAGCCUCUCCCCACAGGAGGACAUAGUGAAUAGAUAGUUGAGUAAGUGAGUUCGGGUGAGAGGUCUGAGCUGGAGAUAAAAAUGUGGGAGACAUCAGCAGAUAAAUGCUGAGACCGGAUGAGACGGCUAAAAACUGAAACAUAAUGUAGUACAGCAUUGUUUGCAGUAGUAAAUGAGUGGGAACUGUAAAGUUUUCAUCAGAAGGGACUAGAGUGUGAUCUGUAUAUCCAUAAAAGAGAGUAUCUCUACAUAGCUCUACUAAAGAAUGAGAAAACUGUACUCCACUACAUACUCUGGUGUAGUCUGGCUCAGUUCUUGGACUCCUUUUCUCGGCUAACUCAACUAGCCUCACCACUUACAAGCUCUGUGUUCUGUGAAAUAGUUUAUGUUCAACAGAACACCAAGGCCUAGCUGUAAGUGCCACGUUAACUUCUAGCAAUGCCAAAGCCUGUGAUGGUGGCAGCUUCUGGCUGUUUCUUAUUCCCAGGAUGCCUAACCACCUCUCCAAAUUCUAUCAGUUUGCUUCCACCCACUUCAAUCUUAAGAACGAAACAUAGAGCUUAAGAAAAAUAGGCCCGGCACGGUGGCU